GCGACUCAUGUGACCGGAAGUCUAAGGGUUAAACUGACUCACCGGGGGCUCAAACUGAUCGCGUCAGCCGAAGACAUCUGACUGAGACAGGAGCUAGUCUGGAUACAGAUAUGGUGUCGUGUACUUGUGGCAUAAAAGCGUUGGGAAUUUUCACCCAGAAUCGACAUCACUCCCUAAACCGCUUCCCAUCGUGCUGGCACCUUGACAUAUCUACUCGUACCUCACCGAUCUCUACCACAUUUACUAUGAAGUUCCCCGCCUCGCCUCUACUUGCAGGGCUUGCCAUCUCUCAGUUUUCUCAGCUUGCUUCUUCCGCUCCUGUCGCCGACUCGCGGGGUCGAUCCCAUGAGGAUACAUUUGCCCCAAACGACGAUGCUUUCUCGAAGCGUAGUGACAGCUAUAGCGGAUACGCUGCCGGUCAGCAGUCUGGUUUCACCCCCGGUGACUUCAGCAAUAUCGCUGGAUCGGCCCUUGGCCCGGGCGUCAUUUCAAACAUCCCACUCACCUCCUUAAACCCUGGUGGAAUUAUUUCAGGGACUGGUGCUCUGGCUAACUCCCUCCCGCUUGGGGGUGUUUCUGGCGUUCUCGCUAACCCACCAAAUGGAGUUCUGAAUGCGGGGAACAGCGCACUACAUAACCCACUCGUGACUUGGUUGCCUCUUGCCGGACAAGGAGUUUCUCCUCUUGGGUAUGGAGGGAUAAUCAAUUCUGAUCAACUUCCUGGCGGCGCCCAUGGUGUCGGGAUUCAGAAUCUGCCUAAUGCUGUUCCAACGAUUCCUGGAGUUGGUGGACUGAUUCAAGGAGGGGGGAGUAUUAUCGAACACGCCCUUGGGCAGUGUCCCGGGCAUGGUUCAAGGACAGAGCGCCAACUUACCAGGGUUGAGUAUUUAUGGCAGCUCAGAGGGGCCAACGUACCGAAUCCCUGGUUCAGCGGUACCUAAUGUCAUCUAUCCGUAUCAAAUUCAAUUCAAUUCUGAUGACGGAGACAAGGAGAGCGAGCCUGCGAAAACUCCUGCGGUCUCCCCGCCCGCGAAAGUUCCGUCCCUCUCGGGGAGUGUUCACGAUAACAA